AUGGCAGAGCAGGCGAUUGAGAAGAAGUCGUUUGAAGAUGAUGAUCCGAAGAGCAUUGCGAAGAAAGAAGACGUUACGAACGAUCCAGAAUUCUUCAGCUGUCUGCUUCAGCCUUUGCCUGCGGACUCUAAUCCCAAUGGCAUUGGAAUUCGCCAUCUUCUCCUCUCUCGUAAAGCUGAGUCUGGUGUUCUUCGCCGCAAGGACUGGAGAUGCAAUGGAAAAGGAUAUGUCGCUUAUCCUAAUUACAUUAACAGGCCGAGGAAUUGGAAAGUUUACACACACCGAGCCAUUCAAGCACUCCUGGAUAUAGGUCGCAGAGAUUUUUACUUAGAUUUCAACGAUGGGCGAUGGAUGCCAUCUUCAAGUCCACUCUCCAUUUUGUUAGAUGUGGACAGCUGGAGCACUAGCCAGAGCUACAAAGUGGUGGUCAAACAUUGA